AUGGGGUCCACUUCCGAGUUUGAUCUCCACAAUAUCCAGGGAGAUAUCUGGCCUGGUUUGACGAAGAAAUAUCAGCAAUUCUUCUUUUUCAAUAUUGAGAAUCCUGCAGAUUUUAAACCCAUGCUGAAAGACCUGGCGGAUAAAGUCAUUACUUCCUCCCACGGUGCCCUGGUCAAUCGUGCUAUCAUACACAAAGCUAAAGCACCACCAUCAAGCGGACUGAACGUAGCUGGGGCUGGUUUAAACCUGGCGCGAGACGUGCUUACUGCCAUACACGAUUCCCUCCCGCCCCAUCAUGAGAUCCAGAAGGCUAAAGGAUCGGACCAUGUCAGCAUAACCGGGGUGAACAUAUCUUUCACCAAAAGGGGAAUGGCCAAGCUGAGCAAGGAAACGUUCAAAGAUGACCCACUACUCAAGGGCAUGUUCGCGGAUAUGGUGGGUGAAGGCAGAGAUGAAGCCAAAGAUUGGAUUCCUGAGUUCAGAGAUGGAUCCGUUGAUGGGGUGUUGCUGGUGUGCGGUACCGAACACGAAGUCAAGGAAAAAGUCAACGAGCUAGCCCAGAAGUACCUCGGUAAAAAGCAAGGCAUUCGUCAUCUCUUGACCUUGGAUGGCGUAGAAAGAUCCGGAGACGCAAAGGGCCAUGAGCACUUUGGGUUUUUGGAUGGCAUUUCGCAGCCACUUAUCAUAGGCCUCGAUGACGAAACCGCAGAGAAACCUGGAGCUCGCAAGCAUCUCACUCGUCCCGGAAUUAUCAUAUUUGGACACGACGGGGAGAUGGACAAUGAUCCGCGCUUGAUGCAUCCCCCUUGGGCCAAGGACGGCAGUAUUUAUGUCUUUCGCAAGUUAAGGCAAUUCGUGCCUGAGUUUGACAGGUUCCUGGAAAAAGAGGCUCCAAGACUAAAAUUCAACAAAGAGCAAUUGGGAGCUCGAAUUGUCGGUCGCUGGAAAAGCGGAGCACCUGUUCAGUUGCAUCCCAAUGCGGACUGCAAGGCGGAUGCGAAGUUCAACAACUUUGACUAUCCCUUGGAUGACCAGCUCAACUGCCCAUUUGCAUCACAUAUGCGCAAGACCAAGCCCCGGGGUAUAGUUGAGAACCGAGAUAAAUUCGACAUCAUGCGCCGUGGUAUCCCUUACGGACCGGAGGUCGGUCCCGAUGAGAAGGAGAAGACCAAAUUAGACCGUGGCCUUAUGUUCACGUGCUAUCAAACCAGUCUUUCCAACGGCUUCCAGUUUAUCAAGAACCGAUGGGUCAAUCCUGAUACGUUCCCGGCUGAUAAGACUAAAUUCACUGGCGGUAUGAACCCGGGACAGGAUCCCAUUAUUGGCCAGUCGGUCAAGGGUGCCAUCGAAGAGGAUGACAAAGUCAUGAACAUGAGCAUCCACGAUGGUGAGGGCAAGCACAACAAGAUCACCUUCGAACCCUUCAUCCAGUCCAAUGGCGGUGAUUACUUUUUCACCCCAUCUCUCAAGCUUCUUCGUGACCUUGCAGUGGCUCCAGCUGUUUAG